AUUACUAUUAUUUAGUAAGGAAGGAAAUAAUCUUGAAUUAAAAGGCUUGAUUAGUAUUAAAUCCAAUUUAAUCCUUACAUAAAUUUAAUUUAAUUAGAUUUAGAUUUUGAAUAAAUUAUAAUUUCUUAAAUCUAACAUUAUAUCCACUUAUAACUAGAUUUUAACCCAUUUAAUUACGGUGAUGCUAGAAUAUUUGAAAAAUUAUUUAGGUUAUUACCAUCAUCAUGAGUUAUGGGUAGUUUAAAUUGGUGAGAUUUGACUUUAAUUCUUUGGUUUAUAAGAUUUUUGGGUAUUAAACUUUUAUUAGAAAUAUCCUUAAUUUUGGGGCUUAUAUGGGAAAGAUAGUGAGUUAGUCCUUUUUAUUGUUUGAUUUGGGUGUGAAUUUUGGCUGUAGGAAUUAUAAGUAAAUUGUACUAUUUGCGAAUUACUGUUCACGCAUUAUGCUUUGAUCUCUUUCAAUAGGAAGUCCUAAUAUUAUUUUGGACAUAUUAUGAAUUUGUUUGACAUGCGUAUGUGUUUGUGGCUAUGGAGUAAGUGGACCUAAGCUUAAAACUUGGGGUAUUCAGUGGACCCUUCGGGGUAUUUAGUGGACCUCUGCGCAGUAAGGUUAGUACUGUGAUUAGCUCCGGUACAAUGUUGCUAGCACACCUUAGUGGACUCCAUAGCAUUGUGUCUAAGGGUCUUAGGACCCAAGUUUAUAGCUUAAACUUAUUACUUACUGGGCAGUUAGCUCAUAAAAUCCCCCCCCAUUUCAGAUUAGUAGAUCGAGGUAGCAGCCUCUCGGUUUAGGAGCUUUUGGCACGGGACUCACAUGCUCGUUGUAUGUACAAGAUAGGGUCUCGUGUUUUCGAUAGGGAAGCAAAUCGAUGUGUUACCAAAACAAUAACUCAGCUUUUGUUUUUUUGAAAAGCUUUGGAGAAGAAAUUUGCCUCAUAUAAUUUUUGUGUAAAUUACCUUUAUGUAUAAAAUCUUUAAAUUAAU